UGAUUGUGAUUCAUGUAUCAACGUAGACGUAAAUACGUAGGUCGGUUUCGUAGGAUACGUAGUUGGCUGAAUGUUUCUUAUUCGUAUGUAGUGUAUAAAUCAAUUGCUGUUCACUGUAUAUGUGUAAUUGUUUUUGUAUAUGUGAUUUAAAUAAGGCUAUGUUAGAUUGCGAGAGGUAUGGCAACCAUGAUAAUGGUCACUGAAAAUCCAGAAAAGAACGGAAAAUUGGUGGGUGGGUCCGAUGCGGUUAACUUCCCCAUAAUUCAGUACGUUGGACGUAUUGCGCGGGUCGUUGUAUCUUGAACAAAUUCUGAAGUUUAUUAAUUAUAAUUAUUCAUUACAUUUAUUUGAAUAAUUAUAUAGGGUGUGUCUUUGUUCUUCAGUAACUGUGUUGUUGAAUAUUUUGUAUAUUAAUCACAAGUGCCAUUUAAUUCUAACAUCAUGACGUUAAAAUCCAUAAGAUACGAAAGUGGAAAGCUUGAAAUCCUUGAUCAACUAUUAUUGCCAUCUCAAUCGCAGUACAUUGAAGUUAAAGGUGUGGAAGAUGGGUGGCGAGCAAUACAUAAGAUGCACGUACGUGGUGCUCCAGCCAUUGCAAUUGUUGGCUGUUUGAGCUUGGCUGUGGAGAUUCAACCAGAGGUAUUCACUGACAAGAAGACUUUGCGGCAGGAAGUAGAAGGGAAGCUUAAUUAUCUUGUAUCUGCUCGACCAACUGCAGUUAACAUGAAAUUGGCUGCAGAUGAAUUAAUUUCUCUAGUCAAUGCUCUGGAUAAGGAUGAGACUGUUUCCGCAGAACAAAUGAAACUUAAGUUCCUGUCUGCAAUUGAAACUAUGCUGGACAAGGACAUCAUUGACAAUCGUGCAAUUGGUGAUGCAGGGGCAAAAGCAAUCCUAAGUCAUUGUCCAAAGGACAGCAUGGUACGCAUCCUUACACACUGCAAUACAGGUUCCUUGGCCACUGCUGGCUAUGGCACAGCUCUGGGAGUUAUUCGAUCACUCCAUUCUCUCAAGAGGCUAGAGCAUGUUUAUUGUACUGAAACAAGACCAUACAAUCAAGGCGCACGAUUAACAGCCUAUGAACUGGUACAUGAUAAAAUCCCAGCUACCCUUGUAUGUGAUAGCAUGGUUUCAGCUCUGAUGAGAGCACGCAAUAUAACAGCUGUUGUUGUUGGUGCUGACAGGGUUGCAACCAAUGGGGACACAGCAAACAAAAUUGGAACCUAUCAGAUUGCAGUAGUGGCAAAGCACCAUGGAGUCUUAUUUUAUGUGGCUGCACCUUUCACGUCUAUUGACUUCAGCAUCCCAAGUGGAGAGCACAUUCUGAUAGAGGAGAGGCCAGAGCACGAGAUGAGUCAUGUUGCAGACCAUAGGAUUGCAGCUACAGGUAUCAGCUGUUGGAAUCCUGCAUUUGACGUGACUCCAGCAAGCCUUAUCACUGGAAUAAUCACAGAGAAAGGUGUAUUUGGUCCAGGAGAACUUAUGCAGCAUCAUAAGAACAGCAGUGAUUUUCUUCACUCCUAGCCUAUUUUGCUUCUAGGCCACCAGAGUGCCUGCCAAAAUUAGAGGAGGUUCUUUGCUCAAGAUUAAUAAAUAUUCCAUGUUUACAUAUUUAGUAUUCAGCAGGGAUGUCUUUCAGCCUGUAUUGCAAACUGAUUGCAAUUUUCUUUUUAGAAUGUAAAGAAUAUUUUAUGUUGAAGUAAGAGCAUGUAUUUAGAUAUUAUGAUAUGAGAGAAAAUGGAUGAAAGAAUUUUAGUUAAGAGCCUAGGUUUGCCAACUUUCCUAAACUUUUUCAGAUAUAUUUUAGAAUUACAUUGUCCAUGAGGGAUGUUUCAUAUGAUAAUAUGUAAGAAAUAAACAUAUUUACCUACUUUUAUGACAGUUUUUAAAAGUCCUCUUCUUGAUUGUGCAUAAUUAGUUGAUCAUUGACUGCAUAUUUGUAGUGUAGCUCUGUGUGAAUGAAGACAUUUGAAAUAUGAUCCAUAAUAAAUUCCUUCCUUUGUGCAACA